GUAAAGGAGGUGUGGCUAUCAGUUUCUCCAGUGUCACUCAGUGAAGGGAGGAGCGGACAACGUACAAAAAUGCUGAAUUUUCAACAGCCUUAAAACAUGUAUCGGGUAAAUCGUGAUCUAUAUUAAAAUACCAACCUCCCCUGUAAGUGUUAUCAAUGUAUUAUACGAUCAUAUCGGCCUUGUUUGUGCGAACAAACGUGAGGAGCACCAAUGCCGCCAAAUAUAAUGGGAUCUUUGUGUUAGAAUGAGAAGUCCAGUGCCACGCUUCAGGGACGUCGAAAGGCAGGCCAGUGGCUUGCAGUCCACGCAGUGUCUUCCUCCCUGUCAUGAGCGACCGAAAAACAUGUGGUUCAUCCGAGAUGCCUGUGGUAUCAUUUGUGCGAUCAUCACCUGGCUUCUCGUCUUCUUUGCAGAGUUUGUUGUACUGUUUGUCAUGCUGAUCCCAUCAAAGAACUUGACCUACAGCCUGGUGAAUGGAACCCUAUUUAAUAGCCUGGCCUUCCUCGCCUUGGCAUCUCAUUUCAGGGCCAUGUGCACCGACCCAGGAGCUGUGCCAAAGGGAAACGCCACUAAGGAGUACAUCGAGAGCUUGCAGCUGAAGCCAGGCCAGGUGGUUUACAAAUGUCCCAAGUGCUGCAGUAUUAAGCCAGAUAGAGCUCACCACUGCAGUGUCUGUAAGCGCUGUAUACGGAAGAUGGACCAUCAUUGCCCUUGGGUAAACAACUGUGUAGGGGAAAAUAACCAGAAGUACUUUGUGCUUUUCACAAUGUACAUUUGUCUGAUCUCUCUGCAUUCCUUGGUCAUGGUGGUCUUUCAUUUUCUAAACUGCUUUGAAGAUGACUGGGCAAAGUGCAGUUCCUUUUCCCCUCCAGCCACUGUCAUCCUCCUCAUCCUCCUGUGCUUUGAGGCCCUCCUCUUCCUCAUCUUCACCUCUGUGAUGUUUGGAACCCAAGUCCACUCUAUAUGCACAGAUGAAACGGGCAUAGAGCAGUUGAAAAAGGAAGAGAGAAGAUGGGCAAAAAAAACAAAAUGGAUGAACAUGAAGGCGGUAUUCGGACACCCCUUCUCAAUAGCAUGGUUUAGCCCGUUUUCCACACCCGACCAUGGGAAAGCUGACCUCUACCAGUAUGUGGUCUGAGCUCAGGAAGCUUUAAACUAGAGACUGCACACUUGGACUGCCCUUAUAAACUUGCGCAUCAGCGUCUUUUAAUUUGUGUAUUAUAAACCUUGAGACUCUUCUCACCAGUGAGGCUAAAUCAUCUUUAUCUUUAUCGUUUUUUAGGAGGAACAAAUCAUUGCUCAUUCAAUUACCCUUGCCUCCAUUUAUUUUCAUUAAACCGAAAGUAGAAGCUGUACAUUUAUCAUGUCUUAAUCAGAAGAAUCUCUGCCCAGCUAUACUAAAAUGAAGAUGAAUGAUGCAGAGAUAUUAGAAGCCAAUGUAUGCUAAUAUAAUCACUACUGUAACCUCUUUAGACUGUUGCCAGACUUUUCAGUUAUAACCUUCAUGCUGAAAGUCAUUUUAAACUUUCUUUUCAUUCUUCUGAUCUAUCUAUAACAUCUUUUCCUGGUUAAAAAGAGCACUGACAACCAUUCACUAAAAUGGUAUAUAACGCUUACAGUUACUAGAGAUGUUUAACAUGAAUCUAUCUAUGCAGAAUAGUAAAGAAUAAACAAUAGAUUUUAAUUAGGGGUGUAAAUAUUUGCUCUGACAACAGUUGGAAUUAAUUACAAUUCAUUAUACUAACUGAUGUGAUGCAUCAUGAAAUCUGAAAUUUGUUGACAAUGAAGGUUCAAUUUGAUUAAAUUAAGUUUCUACAAUUCAUUACUACUAUCAAAAAUAUAAUGAAGACAUGAAUGUAACUGGAGGGAUUUACAUCGUAGUUGCAUAUUGAAAAAAACAUACAGUUGAUACAUUCAUUUUGACACUAAUUGUAUUUUGGAAUAGAAAUAAAUAAUUUGAAAUAAAUGCAUGUAUCCGGUAUUAUUAAAGUCUGCAGUCGAUACAUUAACAUUAUCAGAUCAAUUUCACACCCCUAAAACUAAACUGUGACAAUAAUGCCAUUGAAACAAUAAUUGUCUUCGGAAUUAAAAAAAAUGUGCUUUGAGGAAUUAUGGGUAACUAUACAUAUAAUUUUAUGGGUAACACUUUACAGUAAGGUUGCAUUUGUUAACAUUAGUUAAAAACAUUAACUAGCAAUGAAAAAUACAUUUCCAGCAUUUAAUAAUAUUGGUUAAUGUUAAUUUCAUCAUAUACAACUUUUGAUAUAAAAAAUGUAAUACUAUAUGUUAACGUUAGUUAAUGCACUAUGAACUAACAAGUGCAUUUUUAUUCACUGACAUUAACAAAGAUUAAUAAAUGCUGUAAAAAUAUGUUGUUCAUUGUUAGUUCAUGAUACUUAAUGCAUUAACUAAUGUUAAUCAAUGGAACCUUAUUGUAAAGUGUUACUAUUUUAAGUGAAAAUAAAUAAUAAUAUUACCAAUUAAAAGCUAUUACGUAAUUUUUAUUUACCGAUCUAAUUGGUAACAUCUGUUACCUAUUCCAGAAAAAAAGUGGUCAUUAAGGUGUUUAUGAUCUUUUUUUUUUUUUUACAAGUUGGUUUACUUGUUUAAUUUACCUAUGUUUAGUGCACUUGGUUUGAAGAAAUGCUGGAGAAGAAAAAGGUUUAGAAUUUUUUUAUUUACAUUUUGACCUCUAUUUACUACAUCUAUGAACAGUAUAUGAACAUCAUUUUAAUUGUCGUUUCUGGGUUUGUAUAUGACAGAUGAUUCACCAGUGUUGCCAUUGUUUUGGUUAAGUGCAUAAAUUUGUUAAUUUGAAAAAUCGUGUAAAUUAAUAAUACACGAUUUUGUUAUGAUGAAUGAAAUAUGCUUGAAUUUUAAUUGUGUAUGAAAAAGGCAAUCAUUUUGUUCUUCUUGGGGAAAAAAAGCGAAUUAAAAACCUAAAAAACCUGGGAUGUUGAAACAGUCAUUAGUCCUUUAGGUUUCACAAUAUCACGAGUGUUCAACGUUUUUGAUGCGAAACCACUUGCGAAACUGUCUUUGCUUUUAAAAUGGAAUUACAGGAAAAACAAGCUAAAAAAUACCAUUUACAUUGCAAAAUAACUGUGUCGUAAUCUCUCAAGAUGUCUAAAUAUUGUAAAAAUGUGUGUGCUUGGUUUUUAUCUUCCUCCUUACUUUACAUUCAUCUGUCACUAACCAAUUUUUUCCUGAAUAUUUUUUUCUUGUUUUAUAAAUUGUUCUUUUGCUUUGUCAUUUCCAAGGAUUCUCUCUAUCUACAUCAUCUAUCUAUUUGAGACUUAAAAUGGAUGACAAAAGCCUGAUAAUUUUUAAUUCAUAUUUAAUUCAUGAAGCAUAUUUAGGCCUGAUGUCAUUGUUUGAUUGGUGUGAUGUACAGGUAAGCUUUGAUCACUGUCAAUGUAAAGAAAGUUCCAACACGGCUGAUGUGCCAAUUGCCUGAACGCAUGCUAUUUGAAAUUGUCUUUUUUUUUUUUUUUUAGGAAUGAAAAAGCAUGCUGCAUGCAUUGUUUUUAAAAUGCCAUAAAGUGACCGUGAGCAUUUCCUUCCAGUUGGUUUAUCUUUCUCAUACAUGAUUAAACAGUGACCGCACUCAGGUGCAUGAGUUAAACUAAAUCAUUUCCCAUUCUCCUCUCUACUGCUGUAACCAUUUGCAGUCUUUUUCAGUUCAGAGGAAUUUAAGUUGGUAAUGUGCCAUUGUGGAUGUUCCCCAUCAAUUUAUGGAUUAUAUCAUUAUUUAUUUCUUGCGAGAGUUACAAAGGUUUCUUUUUUUGCAGGGCAUCGAAAGGUUGAAGCGUGAAGACCCUACUUGGCAGAAGACUACAUCCUGUGAGGCUAUGAAGUCAGCAUUUGGGGGUGGCUUCUCUCUGGCCUGGUUGAGCCCUUUCACAGACUGUACAUGCCAGAAAGAUGCUUCAAC